CAGAGCACACGUCACACAGAGACCUCGAUCGAGCAGAGACUCGCUCAUUGUCGGGAUUCAUGGCGGCCUCCAACACCGAUGACGCACUAGAGACCCCGUCGCCGCCUCCACUGCCGUUGGUUCCAUCUCUGUCAUACGAUGUUGCUCUGAAUUGCAUCGCUCGUGUCUCGAGAUUUGAUCAUCCGAACCUCUCUCUCGUCUCCAAGAGCGUUCGAUCUGUCCUCGCUUCGUCUGAACUCUACGUGACUCGCUCCUUCCUCGGCUUCUCCGAACACUUCAUCUAUGUCUCCUUCCGACUCCCUCCUGGUCCUUGUUCCCGGUGGUUCACUCUCCGCCGCAAAACCCACCGGACCCUACCCACCGCGACGAAUUCGAAUAGGACUGGUUUUUUGCUUGUUCCCAUUCCAUCGCCGCCUUCUCCGCCUCCGGUUGGAUCCGCCUACGUUGUGGUGGGUUCUGAGAUUUACGUGAUCGGUGGAUGCACCGGUGAUGUCCCUUCAUCGAGUGUGUGGGUUCUGGAUUGCCGAUUUCACACGUGGCGUCGAGCCCCCAACAUGCGGGUGGCUCGGGAAUUCGCUGCUGCGGGUGUUGUCGAUGGGAAGCUGUAUGUGAUCGGAGGAUGCGUGGUGGAUAAUUGGGCGAGAUCCGUAAACUGGGCUGAGGUUUUCGAUCCAAAGUCGCAAACUUGGGAGCCAGUGCCGAGCCCUGACGUGGAGGUGCGUGAGAAGUGGAUGCACGCGAGCGCGGUGAUGGAGGGGAAAGUUUACGCCAUGGCCGAUAGGAAGGGUGUGGUUUACGAGCCGAAGGAAGGGAGAUGGGACGUGCCCGAGAAGAGGCUGGACUUGGGUUGGAGAGGAAGGGCGUGUGUGAUUGAGAACGUCUUGUUUUGCUACGACUACGUGGGUAAGAUAAGAGGGUAUGAUCCCAAAGGGAGAGUCUGGAGAGAACUGAAGGGCGUGGAAGGGCUGCCUAAGUUUCUCUGCGGGGCUACGAUGGCGAAUUGUGGUGGAAAGCUGGCGGUUUUGUGGGAAGGAAAGAAGGGGAGUGGGGGUUCUGGGAAGACAGAGAUUCGCUGUGCAGAGAUAGCAGUUGAAAGGCGUGGAGAAGGAGAGAUAUGGGGGACACUCUUGUGGUCCGAUGUAGUGCUUACAGUCCCCAACGCGUCUGCCAUUGUUAGCUGUGUAGCCGUUAAUGUCUGAUGAUAUAAUGAGAUGGGCUUGAACUGGGAGUGGCAUGAACAGUUAGCUGAUCUUCAUGUUCGAGCAUUUCUUGUUUUGCCUAUGACAUUUGGUACCUUCUGUUAGUGUUUGGCUUUGACUAUUUUACAGAAAUAAUUCAAGUGUCCCUGGGAUUUGGCAAAUGUAAUGUACUUGUUCUUCU